AUGGUGCCCUCCAUGUUGAAGAAAAUGCAGGUUAAAAGUCAUCGUCAAGCUCAGUUGUGGUUUCCAAGGGAACUAUCUCUUCGAUUUUCUGGAGAAUGGGAGCAGAAGGGAUCUGUGCCUCUUUUGUCUUUACAUUCCGGAAAGGAGGACAACAUUUUCAAAGUGGCUUCUUUAUUACUAAUCAACCACAGCUCAGAUUUCCAGGCUGAACGCAAAACCAAAGUUGCGAAUCUCACCGCAUCUCUAUGCUUGCACAUAUCCAAUAGUAAGACCUGGAUAGACUCUGAAAAUCAGCCGGGCAUAACUGAUCUUUGCAUAUACUUCCAGAGAAUCUAUGCAGAAACAAAUAGCGGAGAUCAGAAGCUGUGUACGUUGGGUCGAGCGAAGAUGGCCCUGCGGCAUAGUAAUGUUUCUGUUCGCUCGGAAUGGUCUGGGCCUUCUUUGGUUGAAAAUGAUAAAAUUCUACUUCGCCUGCAGAUUCCGCCUAGCAAUGGGCUAACCCGUGCAAAGAUUGUUGGGCGAUUGGCAAGCUUCCAUGUUUCAGAUCAUCCCAUGUUCUUUGAUCCCGUCGAUGUUAACUUCCCAUUGGAUUACUCGCCGCCCUGCAAAUUCAUUACAGACAGCAUGGUGGAAAGUGCCUGCAGUGCUGAGGUUCAUGAAAAUAAAUUCACAGAUCUGGAAUUGUACAAGGGGAAAACUCAAUGCUGCGAAUUAAUAAGGUCAAUAUUGGAGUAUUGGACUUUGGAGGGAAUACCAAAUUGGCAAUGCAAGGGCCCAGUAGAGUAUUGUAACAGGGUUGGUCCUUUCUCCAAUCAAGAGGGCUUCAGCAACUGCGGGAUUAUUAUUCGAAGUUUUCAAUGCUUUAAAUUCGUUGAAAAUUCAGAUAUCAAUAUCAGUGCAACUACUGGUGUUGUGCCUGAAGUAGACAACACCGGGAGAUCUGGAUUAGAAUCAGUCCGAGAGGACCAAAACACAAUGUGGAUCCAAGGAAAAUGUAGAAAAGCAUCCCCAGAUAAGAUUUGUAUGGUGGGAUGCUUUGCAUCUACCCCUACCCCUACUUGUGAUUUUCUAGUCUGUCUCUACAUUCCAAAAUCUCUUUCACUCAAGCAGCGCAAUAUGGUAGUGGGUUUUAUAUCUAGCAUUCAUAGGGACUCCAAGGCCUUUUAUCCUCUUUCCUUUGAGCACCCAAUACAGCCUCGUAUAUCUCUGCCUUAUGGUCUCUACGGUGAAAUGUCAUACCAUUACGCCAAGAAUAAUAUUGCAGAGUCUGUCUUGGAGAGAAAAAAUUCAAAGAGUCUGGGUAAUCUGAUACGGUGGCAUCUAUUCAAGUAUCCCUGGAAGGAAAUAGGACAAUCGAGGGAUUGUUUUUAUGUCUUGGGUAGAGAUCUUUCAGUGCAUUCAACCAUCGCUUCGAGCGGAGUAAACUCAAAUCCUAUGAUGAAUUUGGAUAUCAUAGCUAUGGACAAACAAUCGUGCCCCUUGAACUUGAAGCAACAGCAAAUCUCUCAAGAGGAAAGGCCGUUUCUCAAAGUGGCAGCACAGCUCAAAUUGGACGGAUUUUUUUCUACAUUGUUUAAGCUAUCCAUCGAGGGUGUGUACUAUCCGCAAGGAGGCCAGAUGAAUCUUGUAGGCUGCCGGGAUAGUCGGGAUCAGAGAGAAAUUCUUCACAGCAAUACCAGUAUUGAUGUAGAAGAUGGUCUGGAUUGUAAAAUUGAACUAAAUUUACAAUACCCACCAACUAAUUUCAAGCUUUUGAUAGAUAGGUCUGUCAAAGUGUCAAUCUGGAGCAACAGAACAGAGAGCGAUCCGAUCUAUUUCAAGCCAGUGCAGUUCCAUACAGGACAAAUCUUGUACAUUGGAGAGACAGCAGAAGCUAUUCCUCGCAGAAUUUUGGAGCCAGUGCUCAACAUUUUGUCUCUCUGCCUUGCAACUGCCUGUAUAGCGAGUCAACUGAUGUAUGUUCUGCACAAUGCACAAGCAGCUGCAUACAUUUCACUCUUGAUGGUGGGCACCCAAGCUCUGGGUUUCGGUAUUUCUCUCACAACUGGGAUAGAUCACUUCUAUUUUGCAAGCUCAGAUUCUUCUUCCAAAGAGGGACACUAUACCUGUUCAAUGGAAGAAAACCUUUCUUCGCUGUUUGAUGUCCUAAUCAAUGCCAUGCUAUUGAUUGCAUUUACCUUCACAGUAAGACUUUUCUAUACAGUUUGGCAAUCUCGUCUUCGUCUCAGCAAAGUACCAAGCGAAAAAUGGGUGCUUCUCUGGUGCGGAGUUAUGUACGCCAUUGGUUUUGUCAUCGAGAUUUGUAUUGCCAUUUCUAAACCCUACUGUAAUACUGUAACCCGAUUCGGCGGUAGAGCCCAUGUGAAGAUUGAUUGGAAGGAGAUUGUUAGACCAUAUGUGGGAUUGUUUCAGGACUUUUUUUGCUUCCUCAAGUUUUGUGGAUUUCUGAAUGGAAAUAUAACGCAUGAAAAUGUAAGAUUUGGCUCGAUUUCCGCCGUGGUUUUUGCUACCAUCGUUUAUCUCCGCCAAACUGGAUCGAAAGACAAAGGGCUUAGGAAGUAA